AACGUACUUCUGCCAGUCAGUUAGAAAAGUGUUGAUUUAAACUGAGAUACGCGGACCCCUCGAGAGUUUGAGGUAGUCUUGAAUGUUGAACAUAGCUGGUCACACCUGGGAAGAAGAGGGAGAGAUAAACUACGAAGCUGGAUGACUUAUAUGUUUUGAUGCAACAAGCUACAGUGAUCUUGAUCAAAUUUCGUGUCCUGUGGCAUUGUGAAGAGUUGUAUCGCGCGUUACGCUCAUGGAAUUAUCAACACAAACAAAGAAACAGGGGAUUUCUACCCGGGGAGAAACAGCAUCUCAGGUUUCGAAUCCAAGCACGAGCAUGCUUGGCCACGUCAGAAGCUGGUGUUGCGUUCCCUGCCCAGUGGGAGAGAGUAUGAUAGAGGAACCUCAACAUACUACCAUCCUGUGGCACUCGCCCUUCACAGAGCUGGCGACUGGGCAUCAGCUGGGCAGAAAAGUAGAGAUGGCCGCCUUCAUGUCAAUUCUGCUGCUCACACGUCGAGAUGCAGAGCUGCGCGCCGCAUUCCAGUCUUUGUCAAUUGCUGUUGUCCACUGCGACUGCAACUCGUCGAAACACGUGUCAUUUUACGAAAAGUCCCUCCCAAAAGACGUUCGAAAGGGGCAUGUUAUCAGGUAUACAGCCUUCUCAGCAAUAUCUCGUGAACCCGAAUCCGUGACUCUCAUGAGAAGGUUGGCCCCAAGAAAGAGGUCUAUUGGAAUCGUAUCCAGGAGGAAUCGCCGACAUCCGACUAUCAUACCAUAAGGACUAACCCUCCUGCUAUCACUUUAGCCUGAAGAAGACUUAUUCUUGCGACGCUUCUGACAGGUACGGAUUUAUUGGAACAGGAAUCAAUUUUCAAAACUCAUGCCAUUUGCUUUUUAUGUGCAAAGCGACUUGCUGAGCAGCUUUCGCAUAGUUAUCCUGAUUUGUUGCACCCAUUCUGUGAGAGUGCUUGAAAUGAGAGACUUAUGUCAGUC